CAAAGAACUGUCUUAUUGUCGCAGGGCUACUAAUUUGAGGUUACUUCCUUCGAAUUAUGCUGAAAAUUCUUGCAUUUAUUUGAAAAUAGUCAUUAUUCGUAUUAAAGUAGGCGUUCAAUAUAAAAUUUAGUAACAAUGGCUACUGUAUCUAGUGCACCGGCGCCAGGGAUGCAUCAAAUUGAUUUAUCCAAGCUUAAUUUACAGCAGUUGGCUCAACUUAAACAACAAUUGGAUCAAGAAAUGUCUGUAUUUCAAGAUUCAUUGCAUACACUGAAGGUAGCUCAAGGGAAAUUUAUGGAAUCUGGUGAAUGUGUUGAGAAAAUGACUCCUGAAUGUAAAGGCAAGAGCAUACUGGUGCCGUUGACUGGAUCUAUGUACAUCCCUGGCUCAAUAGCAGACACCGAAAAUGUGCUUAUUGAUAUAGGAACUGGAUAUUAUGCACAGAAAGAUAUAGCUGGUGCUAAGGAUUAUUUCAAGAGGAAAGUUGCUUUUGUAACGGAACAAAUGGAAAAAAUUAAAGCUUUAGGUGUAGAGAAAUCCAAGGUUCACAAAGCUAUCUGUAUGAUGAUUGAAAUGAAGCUGCAAGCCCAGAUGCAGGCAGCGAAGCCUUCGACCUCAUAAAUAUAUUAUUAUAUACUUUAUAAGAAACAAUUGCUUUACCAUUUUUGUCGCCUUGGAGUUGGUCUAAAGGCUUGAAUAUUUAAGCAUUAGAAUCUUGGCAUUUACACCACUCAGCGUAAACAGGGUUGUUCUAAUCACAAAUUUGUAUGAAAUUAUUAUCUAAGCAGGAUCAGAUACUACAAUUCACACUAACAGAAUUUUUCACACAUUUUGUAAUCUAAGUAACAUUAUGUUUCAUAUGUAAAACACCCAUUUUGAUUAACCCUUUGUGUGCUGGAGUAUGGAUCUACAUGAGACACAAUGUCUAUUCUAUUGUUAUCUUAUAAAUGGCAUACAAAAGGUUAAACUAACCAGAGAUUCUAAUGUUCUCAAUUAAAAUAAUUUUAAUGUUGAAAUAACAAUGUGUUUCUAUUAAUUUAAAAAAAUUGGUAUUUGUAUACAAAAUGUGUAACAAUGUUUAGUUAAAUGAUCACUACUUUGUUAACCUCUCUAUUUCACAUGAGCUAGUUUGAUAAAUAAAUUAAUAUCAGUA